CGACAAUAACCCGACCCGAGAGCCCAGGCGUAGAAAGUAGAGAAACCUGAAACCCUCAGACUGAAAUUAGUUUUGUCCGGUGGAGAAUGGGAGCAGAAACGACCGUAGAAGCAGAGAAAGUUGAGGACUUGCUCGAGGCUGCUAGAUAUAAUGACAUUGAUGAUCUCAGAAGCUUGGCUUCUAAUGGUGUCUCUCUUGACUCUCGCGAUUCACAAGGCCGAACAGCGCUUCAUAUGGCCGCAGCAAAUGGACAUAUGACGAUAGUGGAAUACCUUAUCAGUGAAGGAGUGGAUAUCAACGCGCUUAACGAGGAGAACAAUGCUCCUCUGCAUUGGGCAUGUUUGAAUGGCCAUGUCGAGGUGGUGAAGAGAUUGAUCUUGUCAGGAGCCAGUCUAAGCCUUUUGAAUCGGUACGAGCGGACUCCGAUGGAUGAAGCCAUUGGUGGAGGGAAGAUGGAGAUUAUAGAUGCUAUCAACACAACUGUUGCACAAAUGGAACUUGAAAAUACCAGUGUGACCUGACUUUAAAGGCUUCUUCAUUAUCUUCCUAAAUGCUUGUUCUCUUUCUGUCUUUCUGUAAUUUACAGGUGACGUUUUGUAUUGUGAAAGUUUUGCUUUGUCAUGAAGACUUGUGGUUUGAUAGAAAUGGGAUUUUAUGAAUUCGAU